AUGGCAAAUCUUGAAAAUUUGAAAGAUGAAGAUAUAAAGGGUGGAACAGAAAGAAUUAUGCUUAAACUCAAAAAUGAAAAAAUAAAUGAAAAUAUAUUAAAAAAAACAAUAAAAGAAUAUGAAGAAACAUUAAAUGUUAUAUCUGUAUUAACAAAAAAAUUAAAUUAUAAAAUUAUGAUUCCAUUUUCAAAAAUUGCAUUUUUCGAAGGUCAAGUUAAAUAUACAAACAACAUAUAUCAAGAUAUAGGAUGUAAUACAUUUUGUGAAAGAACAUCAGAACAAGCAAAUAAUUUUUUAAAAAAAAAAUUAGAUUUUUAUAAAGAAAAAUAUAAAAUAAUUUCAAAUUCUAUAAAUAAAUUAACAAAAGAACUUGAAUUGUCUGUUGAACUUACACAUGCAAUAAAAUUCGAAAAUAAAGAAAAUAAAAAUCAUUCUUUUAUAAGAACAGAUGGUUUUUUAGAAAUCCGAGAAGAAUAUAAUGAAAGUGAUGAAUGUGAGAAAAACGAUUCACAAGAAUUAAAUAAUGAAACUAUUAAUCUUUUCGAUUGUAAAAAAGAGAUUGACAAUUCUGUAAAAACAUUAGUUGAUGAUAAAAAUAAAUUAAAUAUAGAUAAAAUGAAAAAUAUAAAUUUUGAUUUGAAAUGUUAUGAAUUAGACCAAAUAAAAAGAGAAGAUACAAAAAUGAAUCCAGAAAAAUGUGAAAACAAAAAUACACAAAAUCAAAAAGAAUCAAAUAAAGAUAUUAAUACACUUAUAAAACCAACAACUUCCAAAAGUUUGAAUGUAAAUAAACAAGGGCUUCUAAACAUAUCCGAGAAGUACAUUAGUAGUAGCGAUAGUAAUAGCGAUCACAGUAGCGAUAGUAAUAGCGAUCGUAGUCGAAGUAGAUUAGGAAAUGCCAGAAUUUAA